GUAUCCUAACCUCUAAGAAAGCAGAGGAGCUUCUGAUUAAAACAGUACCAGGGAGUUUUCUGGUCCGUGUCAGUGAGAAAAUCAAAGGCUACGUGCUCUCCUAUCGGUCUGUGGAAGGAUGUAAACACUUCCUCAUUGAUGCCUCCAGUGAUUCCUACAGCUUCCUGGGAGUGGACCAGCUACAACAUUCAAUGCUGGCUGACCUUGUAGACUACCACAAGGAUGAACCCAUCACUUCCUUGGGGAAGGAGCUGUUGCUUUACCCGUGCGGCCAAGAGGACCAAGAACCAGACUACAUCUCUCUCUUCGAGUGAACCUCCCGGUCUCGCUGUGCAGCCCCAUGCUUGUAUUCACAAGGACUGAACUUCAAACUAGAGCUGCUGCUGCUUACCUGGACUGGUUGCCAUAAGUGCCUCUAUUU